CACUUCAAGUGAUUCUUUCACAGUAAUAAUUGAUUGGUCCUCGAAAACAUUUGACCACGGAAAGAUAUAAGCAAACAAAUUGGUUGGAGAAAAUUAACAUACAUAACAAAAAGUUAUGUAAAUAUUUGUAAUAAAUAAGUGAUUUAUUAAGCUGUAUAUUAAUUAUUACUUCAUAAGAAUGGAAGGCAAAUCCCAAGACAAUAAAGUAUCUAAGGCAAAUCCUUGGCCAUAUAUGAACAUAAGUUCAUUAACCAUAUCAUUUUUGACUAAAUUAGCAACUGCUGGUAUUCUUUGGGGAUGGGGAUAUCUAAACUUAAAUAUAGCAUGGUUAAUUGCACCAGUUGCUUUGAUAGCAUGGAAAACAGAACGUAGAAAAGACAACGAAUUGAAAGCAAUUAUUGCCCAAGCUAGUGUAAUGGCCAAAGAAAAAGAAUUAAUAAUGAGUCGUUUAGAUGAACUUCCUUCUUGGGUUUAUUUUCCUGAUUUUGAUAGAGCUGAGUGGUUAAAUAAAGUUUUGUAUAAAAUUUGGCCAAGUAUAAACCAGUUUGCUCGUGAACUUUGUAAACAAAGUAUAGAACCUGCUAUUGUUGAAAAAUUGCGAGAAUAUAAAGUAAAAGGAUUUCAAUUUGAAAGAUUGGUCUUGGGUCGUAUUCCUUUAAAAAUUUAUGGAAUUAAAGCAUAUGAUAAAAAUACUUCAAGAAAUGAAGUCAUUAUAGAUGCAGAUAUUAUAUAUGCUGGUGAUUGUGAUAUUACCUUUUCUGUUGGAAAUAUAAAAGGUGGUAUUAAAGACUUCCAGAUUCGUGGAAUGAUGAGAAUAGUUAUGAAACCACUGUUAUCUACAAUGCCUAUAGUUGGAGGUGUACAAGCAUUUUUUUUAAACCUUCCAGCUAUUAAUUUUAAUUUAGUAGGAGUUGCAGAUGUCCUUGAUUUACCUGGAUUUAAUGAUAUUUUGAGGAAAACAAUAGUAGAACAAAUAGCAGCCUUUGUAGUAUUACCAAAUAAAAUUGUUAUACCUUUAAGUGAUGCAGUACCAGUUGAAUCAUUAAAAAUACCAGAGCCUGAAGGUGUUUUAAGAAUUCAUGUAGUAGAAGCAAAACACCUUAUGAAGAAAGAUAUUGGAGUAUUGGGUAAGGGUAAAUCUGAUCCAUAUGCCAUUAUAAAUGUUGGAGCACAAGAGUUUAGAACAAAAACUAUAGAUAAUACUGUGAAUCCAAAAUGGGAUUUCUGGUGUGAGUGUGCCGUGACGUCAGCCAUCGCUCAACAAAUUACUGUACUGCUAUGGGACUAUGAUGAUACCAAGGGGGAUGAAAGCCUUGGAAGGUAUGAAAACAGAGUAACAUACACUUAUUUUUUUAAUUUUCUACUAAAGUGGGUCUCCUUGGAACAAGCAAAACAUGGUAUGGUUCAUCUACGAAUGACAUGGUUACAAUUUUCAAAAAAUGCUUCUGAUUUGAAAGCUGCUUUAAUUGAAACCCAAGAACUUAGAGUAACAUCAAUGAGUACAGCUCUUCUUAUUCUUUACAUUGAUUCAGCAAAGAAUUUACCAUGUGUUCGGGGAAAUAAACAACCCGAUGUUUAUCUUGAAGCAAGUGUUGGUGGGAACAUGAAAAGAACAGCCACUAUGUUACGUUCCUGCGAUCCCAUAUGGGAACAAGGCUUUACCUUUUUGGUUAGCAAUCCAGAAAGCAGUAUUUUACAUAUAAAGAUCACAGAUGAAAAGACUAGUUUUAUAGUGGGAGAAAUGAAUUAUAAUAUAUCUUCACUUUUAAUGCAGAAUAAUCUUGAAAUUAAACAGCAGCCCUAUGAUUUGCAAAUGGCUGAUGUUGACAGCAAAUUGAUACUGUCUAUGUCAUUAAAUAUUCUAAAAUAUGAAGAACCUGAGCCUACUUCAGAAGAAGACGACGAUGACCAUGAUAUCAAUCAACUGAAUAAGAGAAUUGAGCGCCAAGAAUCAAAUAUUAGCAAUACAUUAUUAACUAGUCUUCCUCCUAGUCCACUGCAAAGACAACCUUCAAAAGAUUCAGUUAAUAGUUUAACACAUAGUACUGGUUCGGGUGCAGCGAUCAUAUCUGAAGAACCAGUUCCACCAGAAGAAGAUUUAAUCGUCACUACUACUGCACCAUCUUCCGUUACUGGAAGUCCACAGUUAACUCAUAGAAAUAUAAAUGUAACAUCAUCCACAGGAGAAGCUAAAUUAGGUCGGAUGCAAUUGUCUUUACGUUAUAGCGUACAAAGGCAGAAGCUCAUUAUUGUUGUGCACAAACUAGCUAAUCUGCCUUUGCCACAAAAUGAUCCGCAUAAUAUACCAGAUCCAUACGUGAAACUGUAUCUACUUCCUGAUCGUCAUAAGGAAACUAAACGCAAAACAGCAGUAAUGAAGGAUAAUUGUAAUCCAGUAUUCAACGAGCAAUUUGAAUACGUUGUUUCUCAAGGUGAUUUAAAUAGUCGUACAUUGGAAGUGUCCGUGUGUACGCAAAAGGGUUGGUUGGUAACUGGAAGUAACGUAAUGGGUCAAGUUCAUAUAAAUUUGAGUGAUAUCGAUGUUACAAAAUCAUCCACAAGCUGGUAUGAUUUACAACCAGAGACUAAGGACUAGAAGUUCAAGAAAAGCAAGUGGAGAUUUGAACAACUGUUUAUGUGUUUUCGAAGGCAAUCUGUUCAAUUUCCACGAUGCGAUCUUUCUAAACAUUGAUAAUAUCAGAUAACGUGGUCAGACCAAAAUUUAUACAUCAUAAAAAUUUCGAAAUGUUCAGUACCACAAACAACAUGAAAGUUCUGAGAAAGUGACAAUGAAAACGUAUAUUAUCUAUUUAUACUUGGACCGUCCACUGUC